UUUUUUAAGUGAUGUAAACAAAACUAAGGCUGUUUAUGCUUUCUGUGAAAAAAAGAGAGAAUUGUGAUUUUUGUGGUAUGAGUAAGCUGUGAGAAGGGUUCCCACAUCGAGUUCCAGUUUGACUUUGGUGAUGGCACGACUACAGUGGUACAGGGGAGAGAGGAGAUGUUCCUUAAUUACGUCAAAGGCAGCACGUCUCACAGAUAUACACAAGAGGGAGUGUUUAACAUUACGGUAACAGCAAUAAAUCCCCUUGGCAACAGAACAGCAACACUUGACGGGCUGUUCUAUGUACAGGCCUCACCGUUUGGAUUAAAGCUGGAUAAAUCCGUUUACUACACAAAACUUGGUGAUGUCACUGUUAUGCGUGCUACUUUCUCUCAUGGUACCAAUGUAACAUUUGACUGGAAGCUCGGAGACCAGACUGAUAUACUCAAUAACUCAGGCUCGGUGAUGAGACACACGUACCAGACGCGGGGAGUGUUCAGUGUAACGGUUAUAGCCAGAAACAGAGUGUCUUCCCAAACAGAACACGCCGUGGUGGUCGUCCAGAGUCUUAUACAAGGGGUGAGGUUGAUAACGAGCACCAACAUCACUGAGACAAACCAGGUGAUUGAGCUGAGAGCUGAGACGUUACCAGAACCGGGUCUGGGGACGUACCAUCACUGGAACCUGGGGGACAACCAGAAAGGAGUCCAGACAACAGAACCGGAGAUAGACUACAGAUACAGGAGAAAUGGAAGGUUUAUUGCUACAGUAAAAGCUUACAACAACAUCAGUCAGUCGGAGUCAGCGCCUGUAGAAAGCACCGUCCUGUCUAAAGUGAAGAACCAAGAGGUACGCUGUCUGAAGGAUUCACUGGUCAACACGUCGCUAGAAUUCGCCGCGCCCAGUUACUCGGGCUCUAAUCUGAGGUAAGUCUGGGAUUUUGGGGACGGCACUCCUCCCCUACAGUCCA